AAUCCUGACGUUUGACACUUUUCCGAGCAGUUCCUGAAGGCAGCACCGACUGUCUCUACAGGAAGUCUUGAAAGUUUUCUGCUCCGAGCCAAACUAGUUAUAUGCAUUGGUCUCUGCGCAUCCGCGCUGUCUGAGGUCCGUUUGAGGAUGUGGCUGAUCUGAACCAGGCCGGGCUAAUAACGAAACUCUUAGUUGUUCUGUUAGGAAACGGGAGGUGGGUCUAUGCGACAGACGCGGCGCGAAGUGUGAGUGAAGGUGAAGACGGAACAGUUAGCUUAUCUCACACCGUGACCAUCAAGAUGUGGGAACAGGAGGAGUUCGUGAAACACUGGAGGAACGAAUUCCCUGAUGGAGAGGUGCCCCGCAUGGAUUUACACUCCGUGGAGGACAUCGAGUCGGAGCUGGAGGCGUGUAAAGCCAACCUGAAGAAGCUCCAGCAGGCGCUGAAGGAGGAGAAAUUCAAGGUGAUCUACCUGCAGACCACAGUGGUUCGGCUGAAGAAAACCCUCCCGGAAAAGGCUGGUGGUAGAGGCGCGUGCGCUCAAACCAAGACGGAGAACGUUAGAAAACCGCCACGGCAGGACCAGGUAAGCACCGGGGAGGGGGCCAGGGGGCCCGACUCCGGUGGCGUCAAGUCAAACGCAGGCAGAACCCCCAACCCUUUGGACCGGGAACAGGGCAGGUUCAGCGGGAGGACUGGGAAGGCGGUCCCCAUCCCCGUCCCGCCGCUGAAGCCCGGCUUCAACAAGGCCCCCGCCUCCGUGCCCCACGACGAGGAGGGCAGCGACCGGGAGUACGAGGACGCGGAGCUGAACGAGAACUUCGUGAGGAGUAACCUGUUGACCCCGAAGAUAGUGGUCAGGGAGAGCCACCGGGACGGACGGCCGUCCCUCGGCUUCAGCAGGGACCUGGACUCCGGGGAUGAAGACCGUCUGUCGCCAUCCUUUCCGCGAAAACCGCGGAGAGGCUUCUCCGGCUCCGGGUUCAGCACCCCCGACAGGAGGAGUGAUGGAGAGCUGAGCUCCGACCAUGAGGACUCCUCAUCAGCAGGCACCUCAGAAUGUAACUACAACACAGAUGGCUAUGAAGGAGAAGGAGCAGAAGACGGCAAGUCCCAGGACGGCUCUGAGACGCUGCCCUACAUAGAUGAAUCCCCUACUAUGUCGCCCCAGCUGUGCGUGGCCCAGGGUCCUGACGGAGAAGUCAUCUCCCCCACACCACCAGAGGGCCUGCAUGAGGGAGACCUUGAGAAAGGUCUGGAGAUGAAGAAACUGGUGCUGUCUGGGUUUUUGACCAGUGAAGAGAUCUACAUCAACCAAUUAGAGGCUCUACAACUGCCUCUGCGGCCCCUGAAAGCCACAGCCACAACAUCCCAGCCCGUCCUGACUAUGCAGCAGAUCGACACCAUCUUCUACAAAAUCCAAGACAUCCUCGAGAUCCACAAAGAGUUCUUCGACGCCCUCUUACCCAGCAUACAGCAGUGGGACGAGAAAGUCACAGUUGGACAUUUGUUCAAGAAGUUGGCCAGCCAGCUGGGAGUGUACAAGGCCUUUGUAGAUAACUACAAAAUAGCUCUGGAGACGGCAGAGAAAUGCAGCCAAGCCAACAUGCAGUUCCAGAAGAUAUCUGAGAAUCUUAAAGUCAAAGGGCCUAAGGACUCAAAGGACUGCACCACAGUUUCAAUGGAAGCUCUUCUCUACAAGCCGAUCGAUCGUGUUACCAGAAGCACACUUGUCCUUCAUGACUUGCUGAAACACACCCCCAAGGACCACCCAGACUUUCCUUUGCUGCAGGACGCUUUACGGAUUUCACAAAACUUCCUUUCCUCCAUCAACGAGGAGAUCGACCCUCGCAGAACCGCCGUCACUACGCCCAAGGGGGAGGCCCGGCAGCUGGUGAAGGAUGGAUUUCUGGUGGAGGUGUCUGAAAGCUCCAGGAAACUACGACACGUUUUCCUCUUCACCGAUCUGCUACUGUGUGCUAAGAUGAAGAAGACGUCUGUGGGUCGUCAUCAGCAGUAUGAGUGCAAGUGGUACAUCCCCCUGGCAGAUUUAACUUUCCAGACUCCGGAUGACUCAGACCCCUGUCCCAGCAUUCAAGUCCUUCCUGAGCACGAGAUCGAGGAGAUGAAGAUGAAAAUCUCAGUCUUAAAGAAUGAUAUUCAAAAAGAAAAGAAAGCUCCAAAGGGUCAGAACCGCGCCGAGCGUUUAAGGAAGAAGAUGAACGAGCAGGAGUCUUGGUUGCUGCUGCACUCCCCCACCAUCCCCUUCCGCGUCCACAAUAAACAUGGAAAGAGCUUUCUUUUCCUCCUUUCCUCCGACUAUGAGAGGUCAGAGUGGAGAGAAAGCAUCCAGAAACUCCAGAAGAAAGAUCUCCAAGUUUGCAUACUAACCACUUAUGAACUCCAAGUUCUGACCAACUCCUGUGUCAAACUCCGAACAGUCCACAACAUUCCCGUCACCGGUAACAAAGACGAUGAGGAGAGCUCUGGCCUGUACGGUUUUCUGCAUGUGAUCGUCCACUCAGCCAAAGGAUUCAAGGAGUCAGCCAAUUUAUAUUGCACUCUGGAAGUGGACUCUUUCGGCUACUUUGUCAGCAAAGCCAAGACCCGAGUCUUCAGAGACACCACCGAGCCUUUGUGGAACGAGGAGUUUGAGAUUGAACUGGAGGGCUCCCAGUACCUGAGAAUCCUCUGCUACGAGAAGUGUUACGACAAAAGCAUGCUCAACAAGGACGACAAUGAGAUCGUGGACAAGAUCAUGGGCAAAGGCCAAGUCCAGCUGGAUCCACAGACAGUACAGUCCAAGAACUGGCAGGUGGACGUGAUCGAGAUGAACGGGAUAAAGGUGGAAUUCUCCAUGAAGUUUACAAGUCGAGACCUCAGUUUGAAGAGGACGCCGUCCAAGAAGCAGAGUGGGGUGUUUGGAGUCAAAAUCAACGUAGUAACAAAGCGCGAGCGCUCCAAGGUGCCUUACAUAGUCCGUCAGUGCAUUGAGGAAGUGGAGAAGAGGGGGAUCGACGAGGUGGGAAUCUACAGGAUCUCAGGGGUGGCCACUGACAUCCAGGCUCUGAAGUCGGCAUUUGACACGAAUACCAAAGAUAUCCUCGUGAUGCUGAGUGACAUGGACAUCAACGCCAUUGCAGGAACACUCAAGCUUUACUUCAGGGAGCUGCCGGAGCCUCUGCUCACCGACCGCCUCUACCCUGCUUUCAUGGAGGGCAUAGCUCUCUCAGACCCAGCAGCCAAGGAGAACUGCAUGAUGCACCUCCUGCGCACCCUGCCCGACCCCAACAUCAUGACCUUCCUCACGCUGCUGGAGCACCUCAAACGGGUUGCUGAGAAGGAGCCGGUCAAUAAGAUGUCCCUCCAUAACCUGGCCACGGUGUUCGGCCCCACCCUGCUCCGGCCCUCCGAGUCCGAGAGCGUGAAGGGUCAGCACAUCACCUCAGCAAGCGACAUCUGGUCACAUGACGUCAUGGCACAGGUCCAGGUGUUGCUCUACUACCUGCAGCACCCCCCCAUCUCCUUUGCUGAACUCAAACGCAACACGCUCUACUUUUCCACUGACGUCUAACCACCCCUCCCUCGCGCCACUGAGGGCUCCGCGCGGGACGGACUCCAUUCAAACUGUGGACCCCGCCACUCCAGUCCUCAUGGCCUCACCUACGCCCCCCGCAGGCGGCUCGUCUCAGCUGUACAGACCCCUCCCUCAUGUGUCCAUCUGGUUCCCCAGCACCUGUUCUGUGUGGAGAUGGGGAGGAGGCCGCAGAGAACUGUUCCUGUUUUUAAUGCCGCCUCCCACCCUCUCUGGGGACCUGUAUGGGUGGGGCGGGGGGUCUUAGGGCCACAGCCUGGUGCAGUGGCUCCUAAUCUCGGUGUGGUAAUCUGGUUUGAUCAACACAGACACUCAAACUCCGGCUUUCUCCUGACGGAGGCAUUCCAGAACAGCGGCAUUUCUAUGUUUUCUACGUCGGCGUGUGGAUGUGUGUCGGCCAUGGACGUACGCAUGGAGUCGGUGUGUUUUUCACGUCGGGAAGCGGCAGGGAUCGGGUCUGUACUGACGAGCCAGAACCAUCCCUGCUCAGAAUUGUUUGGCCAAAUGACCCUAUUUAUUUAAAGUGCAUAGAAUAUGUGUGCCUGUACAGUUUAGUGCGACUAGAGGAAACUCUAAGGAGUCUGUUUUAAGUUGAUCCAGUUAGUGGUGUUUUGUUUUUUUAGUCUGAGUUUCUUCUUCACCGUGUCCACGCUGGAUAAGCCGUGCUGAAAGUCUGCUGGUUCCUUUCAGAUCACUUCCGUAGAAGUUCAAUGAGGCACUUGUGUUUGGGGGGGUGAGGGCGAGGCGGACAACAGUUCUUCUUUUAUCUUCUUGCAUUUUAAGCCUGUUCCAAGUGACUUUCUGCACCGGUAUUACUUGUAGGAUGGUUUGUAUAGUUGCCCUCAUUGCAUGUCCGGCUUGUGGAGGCGUCUGAACGCAAAGGCGGGUCGUUCCUGCAAGACUCCAACUGUCAGGAAAACCAACUCUGCUCAGUUCCAACCUUUCUGCUAUCAAGCCUGCAACCUAUCUUAACCAAACUGCAAGCACUGCUAGAUACGUAAUAUUUGAUAUUUUUAAUAUAAGAUUAAAAUAAAAUAAAAACUGUUGUAUUUUACUUCCUUUGAGAAGAGUUUCAUUAUUCUGUAAUAUUGAGAGUUGAUGUCAAUGUGAUCUGUUUUUUCUGUUUUUUUUUAGUAAAAUAAAAGUUAUAAAAACAC